GCCAGCCCAGGCGAGGGAGGAGCCGGCCGAGGGUGCGCGGAGGCGUCGGGCGGCAGUCAGACUCAGCGGCGGGCGAGAAUGGAACCGACGACGGGCGAAGAGGCGACGGCGGAGGAGGCGGCGCACGCGACGGCGCUGCUCCGGGGCCUGUGCGCGCUGCGGGCGGAGCGGGCGCUGCUGGACGUGACGCUGGUAGCGGGCGGCGGGGAGUUCGGCGCGCACCGGGCGGUGCUGGCAGCGGCCUCGGGCUACUUCCGCGCCAUGUUCGGCGGCGGGCUGCGGGAGGCGCGCGCGGCGCGGGUGCGGCUGCACGGCGUGGAGCCCGAGUGCCUGGCCCUGCUGCUCGACUUCGCCUACACGGGCCGGGUGGCGUCUCCCGGCGGGCCAGAGCUGGCCGAGCGCCUGCUGCGCGCCGCCGACCUGCUCCAGUUCCCAGCCGUCAAGGCGGCGUGCGGGGCCUGGCUGGCGGCGCGUCUCGAGCCAGCCGCCGCCCUGGAGAUGCAGGAGUUCGGCGAGGCCUUCGCGUGCGCCCCACUGGCCGCCGCCGCCCGCCGCUGCGUCCUGCGCCACGCCGCCGAGAGCGAGGGCGAGCUGGCCGCGCAGCUGGAGCGCCUCCCGCUGCCGCGGCUGCUCUCGUACCUGCGCGACGACGCGCUCCGCGUGCCCAAGGAGGAGGCGGCCUUCGAGCUGGCGCUGCGCUGGGUGCGCGCCGAGCCGGCAGCCCGCGCUCCGCUCCUGCCCCAGCUCCUGGCGCACGUCCGGCUGCCCUUCGUGCGCCGCUUCGCCCUCCUGGCCCACGUCGAGGGCGAGCCGCUGGUGGCGCGCUCCGAGGCCUGUCUGCGCCUGGUGGCCGAGGCGCGCCUCUUCCAGGCCGGCCGCCUGGACCGCCACGACCGCGCGCCCUGCGCCCGCCUCCGCCCGCGCCCUUCCACCGGCCUGGCCGAGAUCCUCGUCCUCCUCGGCGGUUGCGACCGCGACUGCGAUGAGCUCGUCACCGUCGACUGCUUCAACCCCCGCACGGGACACUGGCGCUACCUGGCCGAGUUCCCCGAGCACCUCGGAGGAGGCUACAGCGCCGCCGCCCUCGGCAACGACAUCUAUGUCACCGGAGGUUCCGACGGCUCGAGGCUCUACGACUGCGUCUGGCGCUACAACUCCAGCGUGAACGAGUGGACGGAGGUGUCUCCCAUGCUGAAGGCCCGCGAGUACCACAGCUCCGUCGUCCUGGACGGGCUGCUCUACGUGGUAGCCUCCGACAGCACCGAGCGCUACGACCACACACUAGACUCCUGGGAGCCCCUGCAGCCCAUGCUCUACCCCAUGGACAAUUGCUCCACCACCGCCUGCCGCGGAAAGCUCUACGCCACCGGCUCCUUGUCCGGCAAGGAGUCCAUGGUGAUGCAGUGCUACGACCCCGAGUCUGACCUGUGGUCCCUGGUGAACUGCGGGCAGCUGCCCCCCUGGUCGUUCGCACCCAAGACCGUCACUCUCAGCGGGUUGAUGUAUUUUGUCAGGGACGACUCUGCCGAAGUGGACGUCUACAACCCAGCAAAGAACGAAUGGGACAAAAUCCCUCCAAUGCUCCAGGUGCACGUUGGAGGGAGCUUGGCCGUCCUUGGAGGGAAGCUCUACGUCUCCGGCGGCUACGACAACACCUUUGAACUCUCAGCGAUGCUAGAGUCCUACGAUCCGGAGACCCGCAAGUGGAGCUUGGCUGGCCAGCUGCCCGAGCCGAUUUUCUGGCACAGCAGCGUCAGCAUUUUCCGCCAGUUCAUGCCCGAGACGCUGGAAGAGGGCGAGGAGCGGCCCUUGGACAACGCCAUCAGCCUGAACCGCCAGCGCCAGAACCUCCACAACCUGAACCUCAACGAGUUGCGCUAACAAUCGGACAGCUUGUCUCUGGGGCUCGGAGGAAAUCUGUGGGUGCCGCUUCUUGGGGAGGCCAGCUGGGAGAGGAUUUGGAGGCGGGUGUCCUCGGCUGCGAGGACUGCAUGGGUGGCGAGGAGGGCAAGGAGCGGGCUCUUUGAGAUCAUCAGUGCUGUCUUCGGGGGAAUCCCUGAAAAGGGAGGUGUCUAGUUCUCCUCCCGUUUCUUCCUGGCAGUUCCCAAGGAGUUUGAAAAUCGCUGAUCAGAAAACUUUCCCUUAGGCUAACAUGAUCUGGUGCUGUUUUGCUUAAAAAUAGCCAAAUGAAGGCAUGAGCACAGUUCACUUAAAGUCAUUAUGCAUGGAGAGGAGAACACAAGUAGAGGAAAGGCUUUCCUUCCCCUCGCUCAACACUAGAAUUUGAGGUCUCCCCAUGAAAUUGAAAGAGAGACACACCACACUCAGUUUAUUUAUGGUACUCCUUGCCACAAGAUGCGAUGCCCCCUUGUAGCGUUUCUGCAGGAGACACCCAGCAGCCGUUUUUAUUCAGGUUAGCUCAGUGAAACUUCCUCGUGUGGGGGACUAGAGUGCCACUAAAUGCUAGUUUGCAAGAGAGCUUUUGUGCUCGCCAGAAACUUCUGGCUAGCCACUGUCGGAAACGGGGGUGUUGGUUUAGACAGACCCUUCGCUGCAUCCAGCAAGGCUCUUCCUGUGUGCCUAAGAACAAGCCAGGCAUCUUUGCUGUCACUAGCUGGUGCAUUGGGUCUGCCACCGAUUCCUGCUAGGGAAAAAGUCCUAUUUGGCUGGCAAAACCAGAGCUUGGAGGGUGGGCUGCUCUUCCUCCCCCCCCACCCCCCGCAACCUGAAUGAUGCCCAUUUCUUCAGUUGCAUGUUGCUGCUGGAAUAUCAUCCAUUGAUUCCUGUCGCAGGAGGUCCUGUCAGAAUCAUUGUUUCUAUCAGUUCUUCAACCUUGGCUCCCCGGAUGUAGGUGGACAGCAACUCCCAUCCUUGACCCCUGGACUAAGCUAGCUGUGGAUGAUGGGAGUUAUAGUCUGCCCAAAUCUGAGGGACCCAAGACAGAAGAGCUCUUUUCUACUCAAUCUUAGUAUCCUUAGUCUGAGUGGCCAGCUUUGGGCAGGGGAGCAUCGCCAGUUUAGUGACCGGGGGGGGGCUGCUCUCCAGUAGGUUGUUUUCAGGUCCUCUUCACGGUCGGUGCCUUAAUUGCAGUGCAAUUUGGAAGGAGACUCUGUUGCUGUCAAGGCACAGCACUAGCAAAGAUGGAAACAGGAGGUUAUUUUAGAGGGCUUCCUUUGCCCACAGUGGCUGCCUCUGCUGCUGUAUGGUUGCCCUAGGCGUGGCAAAGCAUGGCUUUUUCUGGAUUGUGCAGAUUGGGGGGGGGGGCA